ACCUCCAUAUUUACGUUCCAAUGAUAAAGAUUCCAGGCCUAUUUAUAUAAAUAGUAUAUAACACAUUGGCUAGUGUCAAGAUCUUGCUAAUUAUUUUGUGCAAUAUGAAGGCUUCAUUGCAUUUGCAGAAGAAGGAAAGAUCAUAAAGGUUAUGCUAAGUUUCAGUUUCGAUUCACUCACCAGCUCCCUUCUAAACAUAUAGUGUUCUUGUUAGUGUUCCGAACCAAUUGGAAAGAAUAGAACGUUUUUUAACCGGUUGAAGAAAUGACGGAAUCGACCAUUACUAAACGUAUUUGUGCUAACCAUGGAUCAAUGACCGUCGAUGAAUUAGAUGCGAUUUUUUACAGUGACUUGCCCGUCUCGGUGCGGGAUGUAAUUACGAAUCAAGCUAAAUUUUGUUUUGUUGUUUUUGACGAAGAGCAAAGGGUGUUAGCCAGGACUGGAGUUCGACUGUGCAGAUCCAGCGAUUGCCAGGGAUGCCGAAAUUUACAUUUUUGUAAACGAUUCCUGCUUGGAGAUUGCCCGUUCAGUCGGAGAAGAGGAGGAUGUCGCUUCAACCAUGACCUGACUUCGGGGGACAACAGCAGAGUCCUGAAAGAACACGGACUGGAGAAACUGAACAGAUCUGAGCUGUGCACCCUGCUGCUUCAGAAUGAUGGCUUCCUCUUACCACCAGUGUGCCACAACUACAACAACGGUGUUGGAGAGUAUGGCAAAUGCCAGGAUGGCGAGACAUGCAAGAGGCUCCACAUCUGUGAGAUGUAUCUCAGGGGUAGCUGCAACUGUCCCAGGUGUCAUGAUUUCUACGAACCCCACCCAUUAAAAAUCCUGCAGGACAGAGGGGUGCCCAACGAGCUCAUUGCCUCCCUGAAGUCUGUGUACAUGAACAGGGAGUGGUUGCAAAAGCAAGACCAUGCCAAGCAAGGCAAGGGGCAACAUCAAAGAGAUAAAUCUGAAAUAUGUAUGUAUUUCAUCAAGGGCAGUUGCAUACACGGUGAUAAGUGCUUUAAAGCCCACUCUACCAUGCCCUACCAAUGGGAGGUGAGGAAGGGACUAAACUGGACAGCUCUACAAGACAACGAGGUGAUUGAGAAGGACUAUUGCGACCCAGCAAAGACAUACAGUCGUGGAGUCCAGCCUGUGUGUUUCGAUACGAUGACCUGCGGCCUGAACAAAGCCCGGCGUCUCUCCACCGUCUCCUCUGUGCUACAGCCUAUAUUCAUCCUCACCACAGAGUGGGCCUGGUUCUGGGAGGAUGAGUUUGGAAACUGGAUCAAGUACGCAUCAGCAAUCAGUGGACACAGGGCAGCCACCAUCACCAGUGAAGACCUGGAGAAGAGGUUCCAGGAAGACAACAAGGCUGUGAUGGAGUUCACCGCGGGGUCACAGACCUAUGAACUCAGUUUCCCAGACAUGAUUCAAACAAACAAGCAGUACAGCACCAAGAAGAUUGUGAGAAGACGGCCUGUGUUUGUCUCUUCAGCUGAUGCACAAACUAUCAAAACCAGCAAAAGGGCUCCGAUCAAUCACUCAAAUUUCAGAGCUUUACCAGGACACUGGGACAAGGCACAAACUCCUGAAACAGGAUACAAGAGAGUCGACCUUCUGUGCUUGUCAGUGGAGUUUAAGGAGAUUCAAGGGUUUUUUCAGAAGACCAUGAGAGGCUUCAGCAUCCGCCAAAUCGAGAGGAUUCAGAACAAAGCCCUUUGGGAAGUCUUUCAGUGGCAAAGGGAUCUCAUGAAGAAGAACAACAGAGGGAGGAAUGUGACGGAGAAACAGCUUUUCCAUGGCACAGACUCCAAAUACCUCGAUGCCAUCUGCCUUAACAACUUUGACUGGCGGAUCUGUGGACUAAACGGAACAGCCUAUGGGAAAGGGAGUUACUUUGCCAGGGAUGCCAAAUACUCCAACAGCUACACUGGCCAAUCAAAUAUGAGGUCCAUGUUUGUCUGUCGUGUGUUAGUGGGAGAUUACACCGAAGGGCACUCCCACUACCUCCGGCCCCCCUCGAAAGACGGAGGGGACACCAUCUUCUACGACAGCUGUGUGGAUGACGUCAGCAACCCGUCCAUCUUUGUGGUGUUUGAGAAGCACCAGGUGUACCCAGAGUACCUCAUCCAUUAUGGUGAUGACGACGCAUGGUCGCAAGACUACCAGCAAUACUACCGUCCAGCUCCUGUACCUGUACCUGCUCCAACACCUAGACCAGCACCAAAAUACAGACCAGCACCAACCCCUGCACCUAAAUCUGACAACUCAUGUGUCAUUAGUUGAGGCUGACUGUGAGGUGUGAACUGUGAACCCUUUGAUAUUAAACUGAGGCAAAAACUUGUGCUUUCUUGAAUUAGAGAAAUGGAUUUAGCACUCUGUUAAAUGUGUUUGACAAAUUACAGCUAAUCUUGGGAUGCACCUUACUAUGAUUACUAGUGCGUGCAAUUAUCCGUUUUCGACAAUGGUGGGGGUAUUCCGCUCUGAGAUCUGUAAGAGGGACGAAAGUCCCAGCCACAGCGACAUUGAGGCAGUAGAGUGUAUGAAGAUAGUGGUAAAAGGUUGCCUAUAAGUUCUGGAGGAAAGCCUCAUCCAUGGUUAGAAAGGAAAAAGAUAUUCAAAUGUUGUUUGAACAUGAUUUGAAUGUAUUAGCAGACAGCGAUAUAAGGAGAGAUUUUGGCUUAUGCCCUAUAGGGGCGCAGGACCGUGACAGAUUAUAUGGAAAUGAGAAGACAACUGUGAAUAAUUUUGGUUACAUAAAUUGUCAACAACAAUGAUAUUUGAAUAAGACAUGUGGUCACCCGUAUUCUCCAGUAGUACAUUGUGUGGUAAAAUUAUUGUAAUCAAAAGGAGAGGCUUAGAUUUCUUCAAAACAAUCAAACUUUAUUAUUUAAUUAGUGCAGUAAUGGAGCUGGUCGGUAAUCACCCCUGGAGGUGAUCACUAAGAACUGAACAAGCUUGUUUCAGUUACAGCAUUUUAUAGCAAAGUCCAUCCUCCUUCAGUAUACAUGGUAAACAACAGAUGUAUGGAAUGGGCCACAAUGUAAAGAUUUGUAUGAAAGAUACUUGUAAUUCACAGACAGUAUCUGCUGUAAAAACUGUGUAUAGACCAGGGUCUGGCCCCCCAGCUCCAUACUGGAGCCAUCUCCCCCUGGUACCCCAGUACAGAAACAUUAACUCUGGAAUGCGGUGUCAUCCAAAGACAUCAUAAAUCUCCUGUCAGUGUUAAAUCCCCCAGAGGCCCACUUUCAGUUCACACAGUAGAGUUAUAAGAACCCUCUAUUCUGUUCCAUAAAACAACCAGUUGAUGCAAUUACAGAAUUAUAACAUAAUCUUGCAAUUUUGCUCCCACAAUUGUCAGAAGCUUCAGUAUUGUUUCUAAUACAAGGUAUCAGAUCCAGUGACCAAAUUAUUAGGUACCGAUACCGUAACUACUCUCUGCGAAGUGGGAUAGCUACAUAAAAAUAUACAGUACCAGUCACAAGUUUGAACACACCUACUCAUUCCAGGGAUUUUUUUUUUUUACUAUUUUCUACAUUGUAGAAUAAUAGUGAAUACAUCAAAACUAUGAAAUAACACAUGGGAUCAUGUAGUAACCCAAAAAGUGUUUAUAAAAAAAAAAUAUAUAUAUAAUGUAUAUUUGAGAAUCUUCAAAGUAGCCAGCAUUUGCCUUGAUGAUAGCUUUGCACACUUUAUUAAAUAAUGGCAAAUUGCGAACCUCACAACAUGAAGUAGUUGUGUACAUUAUAAGCUUUAUACAUUUGUAGUACAGUACAUUUACAGUAUCUGCUGCUGUGCAUUAGUUGAAUGUUUGCAUAAUUAGGGGUUUCCUUCAUUUUUUAAAUAUAAUCCAUCUGUAUUCUUUGCAUUAAACACAAUUUUGUAAACA